AUGUCGCUCAGAUCAAUCCUUAAGACUGCCCUCCUGAUGGCCACGACGGCGUCCGCCGGGCGAACACUCUUCGUCGGUUCCGGAAAGGGCACGAUCAAGAGCUAUGAAUUCGACGAGACGGCCAAUGCCCAGGGUUUGAUGAAGGAGCUUGCAUCGACUGCCGAGAGCAGUCCGGCGGCCACAUGGCAGACAAUCUUCGGGGAUUUGCUGUACUCUGUCAGCGAGACGAGCGUGCCUGUUGAUGGCGUCGUCACGGCCUACCAGAUUGGCCCCGACAAGAAAUUGAUCAAGAAGGGAAGCGCAAAGGGCACGCCUAGUCCCGUGAGCCUUGGUGUUGGGAAGGGCGGGAAAUUGGUUAUUUCUGCCUCCUAGUAGGUUCCCGACUGUGCUGAGCUGUAUGCGUGUAUAAGUGCAAGGCCAACAUUUCGUUUUAGCGCAGGUGGAGGAGUGGAUACCUUCGCAGCAGAUGGGUCCGGCGGUCUCACCCACAGCCAGAAAUUCGCCUACACCCUCGAUAAACCUGGCCCCGUUCCGGACCGUCAGGAGGGGGCCCACCCGCAUCAGGCCAUCAUGGACCCAACCGGGGAAUACGUCAUCGUUCCCGACCUCGGGGCGGACAGAGUGAGAGUGUACUGUGCCAACAGCAGCACUACAAUCAACGAAUUGGAGUCUAUCAAGACCCCCGACGGAUUCGGCCCCAGACAUGCUAUCUUCUACCCUGUUGGUAACCCAAAGGCGACGCAUAUGUUCGUGGUCGGUGAACUCGCGAACGAAAUCAUGACCUUCAAGAUCAGCUACGCCCACGGCCAAUUGAAGGCGGAGAAUAUUGCGGCGGUGAGCACUUUUGGCACUCAAAGUGUUCCAACCGGUCCUCCCGCCCCCACCGCGGCCGAAAUAGCCCUUUCUGUAAGCCCCCCCCCUCCCCACAAACACCCUAUACACAUACCUAGGAACUAACCACGCGCACUCCAGCCCGACGGAAAAUACCUCUACGUCUCCAACCGCCACGACAAGACACAAGCCAACGGAACCCAGGACUCCAUUGCCACCUUCAGAGUUUACCCGGACGCAAAGCUCACCUUUAUCCAACUCAGCGCCUGCGGCGGCAUCUCACCGCGCCACUUCUCGAUAACCAAGGACGGGAACUGGGUCGCCAUCGCUAACGACGGAAGCGGCAACAUUAGCAUCUUUAGACGGUAUCCGGAGAACGGGACCAUUUCUUCCUUGCCGAUCGUCUCAACAGCCAAUGAUGGCGCUUCGUGCGCUACGUGGUACGAACCUAAAGUUGAGUAUAGUUGAGCGGAGGGAGGGUGGAUGGAAGAGCGUUUUCAUUACUGUUAUCCUGUUUGAUAAAGUGAAAUUGAGCGCUUUGCACGAUAUACCGU